AUGCAACAACCAAACCCCCGCGACACCCACCCUGACCCCGGUCGUGCCCUGCGUCGCCGCAAUUCCUGUGGCACCGUGAUGACAACCGGGGAGCUGGCAGCGCUGCCGACCCGAAUCAAGGAACGUCCUUCUACGCCAGAGCGGACUUACGCCCGCGUGGUCUCACCGGCCCUCAUCACCUCCCCCAAGCCCGUCGAUGCGUCGUUGACCGUCGGCGGAGACAUAGCCAGUACCCCGUCCCAGGGGGAACGCCCAGCCCGUGAAAUCACGGAGAAACCACCCCUGUCUGUUCAGACAGGAGAAAUGUUCGGCAGUUUCCCCCCUUCAGUGGAGGAAAUGGAGGACGAAGACGGUCCUUGGACAUUGGCGACAGGAAAAACGGCGCGCACCCAUCGAGAGUCCGCCGAUAGUCGUAAAUCGAGCACUGUUGGUAGACUUAGUCCUGAAUUAGGCCACGUGCGCAAUGACUCAGAGGACAUUACCUCUAUUGUGGAUGAGGCUGCAGCGUCCAUGUCCCCAUUGACGCUCCGGCUCAUCGCAGAUUGCUAUGCUAAGCUGGCUAGCGCAGUGGAGCAGAGAACUCCGGGCCCGGAGUCAGAGCUCCACGCAGACACCACCCCUGAAUCUACGAAAGAGUCAGCGUUGGAUGGUGAUGGAUCGGUAACCCCGGACGUCCGUCCCUACCGGCUAGGGGAAGCCGAGUGGUCAGACGGGUCUCAAAUCCCCGAGCCCCUGGUUCCAAGCUCUUCCCAACGGAAGGGCAAAGGCCCCGAUCCUGGAAAUUGGGGUGAGCUCGACAUCCAUGACAGUGAGAUGGAAUACCAGCAAGAUGCGCUGGCAGCGUUCGAGCUAGCCCGUAUAAAUCAAUCAGAGCGUGAGCGCCUAGAUGUUGGCCCCGCCUCCAGAAGUGAGCAAGGACACGGUUACCGUGGAGAGAGCCCAAUCCACCGGGGACCGGUCGAGGCUCGACCGUGGGUUAAAGCCGAGGACGUUUCGGCGGAAAAUAACCCUAACGACGUGUUCCUGCGCGAGUUCAACCGGAUGCGGGAGCGAUUGGCAGAGCUCGAAGAUCGAGAGCGUCAACGGGGGACGGCCCAGAUAUCUGAGAAUCAGAAUCCACAAACCAACGCAGUGAAUCGACGCACCACCAUAGCCCGAUCAGGAGCUGGAAGGUCGGGGAUACCGGCGUCGGACGCUGAGAAGAAACGACCGGCUUCUUCGAAGGACGCUGCUGGGUUUGUAACUAGUGUGCUACAGGGGGUCAGCCUCCAGCCGUUGGACAACAGUGGAUCCAGCCCUGAGUCUUCGUCUGGUGAUUCCGAGUCGGAUAGCGACAGUGACAGCAGUCGGUCGUCCAGCGGCUCAGAGCCAGGGAGUGAGAGCUCAGGAUCAACCUCUGAGUCCGACGAUUCGAGCGCCAGCUCGGCGCGUCCUCGCAGGAAGAAGUCGUCUAAAAAGAAAAAGAUGACCAGGGGACCAAGGGGGAAGAUGUUGGUAAAGCCCAAUCCCCCAGCCCGUUAUGACGGGUCAGAGAACGCCGACCUGUACACGCAGUUCGUCGAUGAAGCGAAUAGAUAUUGCGAGCUGGGGAACGUACCUAGAGCGCAUCACGUGCCCAUAAUUGGGUCCUUCCUGGACGGAGACGCCAAGGACUUUUAUAACCGCCGGAUACGGGGCCACAAGCACAAAUGGACCCUUAAGAAAAUGCUCCGGAGGUUGUUGAAGUAUUGCUUCUCCCUGGACUACCGACAGAAGCAGCGCAAGCGGCUGCAUCGUUGCCACCAGAACGGCAAGUCCGUAAAUAAGCACGUCCUGGAAUUGGAGAGUAUACUUCUCCAAAUCGGGCUGAAGAAAGACCGGGAGCGCGUUGCGUUACUCUGGAAUAGCUUCGACGCCGACAUCCAGGAAGAGCUCUUCCGGUUUGGACUUGAUCCUGAAAGGUCGAAGUGGAAGCGUGUGGUGAGGAAAGCGAUCCGAGCCGAGAGGUUUCUCAGCCUUGACAAGCGACGUAAGGGAAAAGCCCCAGCAACCGUCAUGGCAAGCACCGGCCCAGCCCAGCCAGGGCCCAGUCGAGACGAAAAGAAAAAACGGUUCUUCCCACGGAGGCGAGGGGACGUAAUUAAGGCCGCUGCGGCCGCAGUGGUGCCACCUCGGGACAAUGGGCCGAGGCCCCCAUUUCGCUCUCCCCACACAAACGCCCCGGCAAGCUCCUCGAACAAGAGUCAAGAGAACUCGGUGGAUCGUCCUUGGGAACGUCGACUUUCACCCCAGAAACGAGCAGAGCUGAUGUCCCGGGGAGUCUGCUUGAAUUGCGAGGAGAGUGGACACAUGGCCCGUAGCUGUCCGAAACUGACCACGAUGAGGUCCAGAAUCAAGGGUAAACCGCCGGGCUUUGGAGCGCAUGGCGUGAGCCUGCGGCUGGCCUCUCUAGGCGAAACCACGGAAGUUCUCGAGACCUUGAACGUGGCCAGCGUCUUCCCGCAUGUCUUCCAGGAUGACGGGGAAACACGGGAACAAUUCUCAGACGCGUCCGAGUCUGAUUCACACGACUGGGAAGACGUCGACGAGAUCGAGGGGCUGGCUAGAGGGGUUUCGAGCGAAAGAUGGGACUGCCCAGAGGUGGAGGCGCUGACAAGAGGCGUCGAGGCGUUGUCCCUGGGACCGACCACGGCGGAAACGAAACCGAAGCUGGAAAUCCUUGACCACGCGAUUGAAGCGCUGGAGCACGAAUCGGAGGACCUGGAACCUACGGAAGACCUCGUGGGCGACUUAGUGGCGCGCUUCGCUGGCCUCGUGCUCCAAAGGUGCGCCCCGUUUCCUGGCGACGAUGGCUCUGAACCCACAGAGGGCCGUUUUCUGGUCUACCGGGUGCACGGGAGUGACCGACACUGCAUCCUGGACGCUGGUACCCCCUUAAGCAUCCUAGAGGGCGACGAUCUCGUUCCAUCCAUUUGGUUGGAGGACCCAAACUUCGAGAUAGGGUGGUACUGGGCCCAGAAGUGUUAUUUGGCACAGGGUAUCCACCCGGACGCGCCGGGCUUGUCGCUGCCGGAGCGUUAUUUCCGUACGUUGGGUGACUCGCUCCCCGCCAUGACUCUGAUCUUGCUACAUCAGUAUGAUUCGAUGAAUAACGAUGGAACCGCUUCGACGUUGGUGGCCGAGGAGGGGUCAGACGCCACUCUGGCCGUUCGCCGGGCAAGUGAUAUUAAUCAUGUAUUACUUGAGCGAGACGCCUUGAAAAACCACUCAUUCGAUCUGCGUGAAUGGCAUGAUCUAUAUUUUGGACGUAAGAGCCAGCCCUGUCUAAACUCAGCGCCAUCCAAUGACCUGAGCCUCAAUGGAGACAAGCUCCCGGCGCUAGUCGGUGACGGUGACUCGUCGGAUGACGAGGACAGCGACUCGGAUGAUCUGAUAAGAAGUGUACACUUACUUUCAGACGUUCGCUUCGAGGUGGCAGCAUGGUAUGCCGGCCAAGUGCGUGAGCGCUUGCACAUAGGUGCGGAGGAGGAGGCCUCAAUUAGACCUAUCCACCAUGUGGCUAUUGACGACCUGCUUGGAACGCAGCUUGGUUUCUACAUGGAUGAGAUGGCGGUUACGCAUCCAGCCGAGUGCAGUAAAUACCGGAAUAUUGAGCCGUGCUAUUGGAGCGACGAGACGGAGGGCGAAACACUCCCCUUCAUGUACUCAAUCGAGGUGGAGACACCUAACGGUAAAACUGGGCAGAUUGGCAUAUUCCGAGAGCAACUGCUUAACCCUAAGCUGGACCUGAUCAAUUGGCUGGUCAGGGCGCAGGAGAGGCGCUCACUGCGCGAAAACGCAGAAUCAGCCUUAACGCAACUACCAAGCGACCGAUGGUGGCUUACCUAUUCGAGGAACGGACUGGAAGCCGAGAUGGGUCCGACGGUUACAUGCCACAGCGUCCAGAUCCCGCCGGAUAAGAUGGCCGUCGUACUCCACUAUCGCAGUGAAGGGUUCAUAUCAAGCAAACAGCACCAGGCCACGGGUAACGUUGAGCCCGACCCAAGCCUUACGCAAAAGAACCUUUCCUCGAGUGCUUGUACAGCACACGAAUCCACCAUUUCGUACCGAUUCCCAUCGUCGUCUGGGAGUCCAUCCCCUCCCCCCAUCGUACCAUCGUCGCCCGAUCUGGCGCACCAAAACCAACCCGGGCCCUCCGACCCCUACCUCGCCCUCCCACCGCCUGAAGACGAGAUCCCCGACCUCGACGAACUGCCCUCCGAACAACCACCCUCACCUCCACCUCACACGCCUACCCCUACCAUGUCAGGGCAUCACCGCAUCACCCUCGCCGCCAACCCCCCCUACUUCGAUGGCGACAAGUCCAAAUACCUGGGCUUUGUGGACGCGUGCACCACUUACAUCGGUGCCUAUCGAUCGGAGUUCUCACAAGAUGAGACCAAAAUCCUCUUUGUCCUCUCCUACCUCCGUAACGAGAACGGCACGAGCUGCGCUGCCUCGAGAUGGGCGAUGAACUGGAAGCAGCACAACUUCGAUGGCUUCCAGGGACUGAAGGCAGGAGUCACAUCAAAGAACUUCCUGGAGGAGUUUCAGAGGGCGUUCGGGGACUCCAAUGCGGAACAAGUCGCCGCUGCUCGGCUUAUGGCCCUGCGUCAAAACAAACGGUCCUUCGCGGACUACAUCUCCGACUUUGAGAUGUUGGCCGCGGAUGCAGGCUACAAUGUGGUUGACACCACCGACGACAAAGGCGAAUACAAGAAGGGGGACCAGGAUAAUAUCCUCAUCGAGUUCCUGGAGCGCGGACUCAGCAGCGAGAUCGCCAGCCGUCUCUACAACACCGGUGUCCCUCUGCCCAAGGCCUAUGGAGCGUUCAAAGCCUGGUGCAUCAACAUCGAAGCCAAUGCUCUGCGUGACCAGCUGCGCAAAGCGUCGUAUGGGCACCCCACACAACGACCACCUCCCCAGUUCCGUCCCCAAACGGCACCAGUGGCGCCCACACCCGCUCCGGCCCGACCCGCUGCCAACGAACCGGUUCCGAUGGAAAUCGAUCGUACCCACGCCCGCGGCCGCAAUAUCAUCUGCUACAACUGUCAGCAGCCCGGGCACAUUGCGCGGAACUGCCCGGAGCCCAAGAAGAAGCGCACGUUCUUCAAUCGGGCCACAAUGCUGGAAGAAAUCGAGAACGGGGACAAGGACAACGAGUUCCUGAAAGAGAUUGCCGAGAAGCUGCGCGAGAAGGGUUUUUGA